AUGGCAUCGGCGGACAGCGAGGUGAAAACUUUGUUGAACUUUGUCAACCUGGCUUCAAGUGACAUCAAAGCGGCUCUGGACAAAUCUGCACCUUGCCGGCGUUCGGUCGAUCACAGGAAAUAUUUGCAGAAACAGCUGAAACGCUUCUCGCAAAAGUACUCGCGGAUCCCGCGGUGUCACCCGAACCGGCUGCUGGAGUCCAGUUCGAAGAGAGGGUCCGAGGACAAGAACCGAGCUUAUAUUCUGCAGCAUGCGGACUCUCACUUACAUUUCAAACCCGCUGGCGCUAAGGUCUCUUGCACGGCCCCUCAAGACUGCAGCCCGACUUUGUCGGCAGCAACCACCACGGAGGGGAAACAGCUGGGCAGACAUGACCAGGUGCCCAUGAGGAAAAGACAGCUCCCCGCCUCAUUCUGGGAAGAACCGAGGCCGACCAAACACCUCCAGUCUUUGAACCUGCUCCCUGCAGAACGAGUGGCUGGUGCGGCGAAUGGUCCGCCCGGCCACGGGUCUGAAAGCAAGCCAGCCCAGGAAUGCUCCAACCCACCCAAACACCUUUCAGCACUUCCAGUGGUCCAGCAGGACUGUGAUCGAGAGCCCGUGAAAUUCCACUUCGCCUCGCUGUCACGUACAAUGAAUGUCUGCAGUUGCUGUCCAUUUCAGUACCAUGGCCACCGGCUUUAUCAGAGUCACAUGGGUCUGCCUCAUUCGGGCAUUCCUGACAUUGGGAUGUGGAGGAAAGGUGCGAACUUGCCAGCCGAGCUCCACGCUUACUCCAAAGACUCUUUAAACGAACAGAAGAUUCACAAACCCGUCGUUUUGAAACCCAUCCCCACAAAGCCCACUGUCCCUCCCCCUCCUCUGUAUAACGUCUACGGGUUUCUCUGA